UGUUUCCCCCGGAUACAGAGAGCGCUGGACCUACAAAACAUAAACAUAACAGACUUUACAUUGCUGGACAGAUUUCCACCACCAUGCUUGUUUAUUACACUGGGGUUCUGCUGUAACAGAAGCAGCUAUGAGGUUCGCUAACAGGCUGUUUAGCAGUGAAUGGAGGAGGUUGUUGAGCAGGGAUGUGUCCUCAUACACACAAGGACAGAGUCCAGAGGCGAGAAUCAGAGAGUAUUUCUACUAUAUCGACCAUCAAGGACAGCUGUUUCUGGAUGACACCAAGGUGAAGAACUUUGUCACCUGUUUCAAAGACCAGCACUUCUUAGUGUUCUUCUUCAACCGUCUGAAGGUCAACCAGAGCGGCCGAUAUGAACAGGACUUCCCCUUCCUCUCGCUCUGCGGGCGCGAGCGUAACUUCCUGCGCUGUGAUGACCGGCCUGUUGUUUUCACACACCUGUUAUCGGAGGCGGGGCAUGAGGAGCGUCUGUCAUACUGUGGAGGCGGAGCCAAACUGACCAUCCCGUUCUGCCCAGAAUCUCUCUUCAUGCACCCAGUCAGCGGUAGAGUGUACCAUCCCGGACCGGAGCGGGGUGGAGGUGUGGGGUUAGUAAGGUCGGCGCUGGCCAUUGAGCUGAGCGCUCACUUUGAGUAUGCCAUGGGUCAGGAGAGCACGGGACAGCCCACUCAUUUCAUAUGGGCGGGGCAUCGACACACUCUAACCAAUGAGCUGGCCAAACAUUUUCCUGUUCAAACUGAUGAAUGUGUUAAGCUAGAGUGAUUCAGUCAACCUACAAAUAGAUUAUCAUCAUUAAAAUCCUGCUGAAAUUAAUGUAUAUUCAUGUAUAAUGUAUAUUCUGAACAUACUGCUGAAAUAAAUGUAUAUAUUGGGUCUUA